UUUUUUUUGUUUAUUUUUAGUUGCCUUUGUUUUUAGUAUAAUAUUACCAACUUAUCGUGCAUGUAUGCAUGGUAAUGAUGGUCGUGAUAAACGAACAUGUGAAGAAUUAGCAUGGUAUGUGGCAUUAGCAAGUAAUUUUGCAACGGGAAUUAUUCUUCUUGUCUUAUGUGUUGUUGGCAUUGGUUUUACUUAUUUAGCACUAAAUGAAUAUUUACCAGUAGCUGCAUCACCUCUUGUAUCUUUUUUACCAUUUACAAUUGUUAUGCUUGGUUAUUUUUCUGGAGUAAAAUUUGGUCCUAUUCCAGUUGCAUUUGUUGCUCUUGUUGUUGGUACUAUUCUUGGAUGGUCAACAUCAUUAAAUCAGGCUGUAGAUGUAAAAAAUGCUACAUCUAUUGUUCGACCAUAUCCAUUAGUAUUUCCAAUAAAAGCAAUGUUUUCACAUAUAGAUGAAAUAACUCCAUAUUUAUCAACAACAAUUCCAACAGCUAUAUCAAUUGCUAUUGGAACAAUUCAAUGUGUUGAAACAGCUAAAAGAGCUGGAGAUUUUUAUCCAACACGUGAAUCUAUGUUUGCUGAUGGAAUUGGAACAUUAAUUGCAAGUCUUUUUGGAUCAAUUCUUGGAAUGACAACAUAUAUUGGUCAUCCAGCAAUGAAAAAAAUGGGUGCUAAACAAGCUUAUUCAAUAGCCAAUGUUAAUCCAAUUAUUAUAUUUAUUGGUCUUGUUAUUUGUGCUGAUACUCUUGCAAUAACACCUCAACGUCAUUAUCCAGCAUUUCUUCUUGGUCUUAUGCCAAUUAUAGCUGAUUGGGCUAAAGGUACAAUAGUGAGUGGUGUUGCAGGUUCUUUUACAGAUUUUGUUGUAAAUGAUACUGAUUUUGAUAAAAAUGUGACUGCACAUAUAUCUGGAUUUUCAUAUCGUGGUCUUUUAAAUUUUUCUGGUGGAAGUCUUCUUCAAUGUAUAUUUAUAACAGCUAUUUUUAUGUAUAUGAUUGAUAGAAAAUUUAUUCGAGCAGCUGUAUGGUCUUUAUUAGCAGCAUUUUUUGCUUUUUUUGGUUUAAUUAAUGCUCCAGGUGUUGGAGUUUUAACAAAAAAAACCGAUGAUGGAUGGAAAUUUACUGUUUCUUAUGUAAUGAUGGCAGUUUUAUUUGGUGGUUUUGAACUUGCUCAACGAAAACAUUGGGUUAAACAACCUGACACAGAGCCAGAUGAUUUAUCAUCACUUGAAUGGGCUGAAUGGAAUCGAUUAAGAUUAUUAGAAGAAAACAAUCCCGAUGAAGAAAAUGUUUAG